AUGCAUGCUUUCAAUUUUAAUAAUUGAAACGUUAUCCAAUCUUUUGAACUUUAAUAAUUUGUCUUAUCAUUUCCAUUUCUUCAUUCAUAAGGAAUUGAAACUGAUAAGUCAUAACUGAAAAAAUGAUAAACUUCACUAUAAAUUUCAUUAUAUAUUGUGAUCCUUAAGACACUGAUACACAAAUUUGGAAGAAAAAAAAUGUAUGUGACUAGGCCUUUGUCCAUCUACAGAAAAUCUCCGAGUACAUUAGAGAUACCGCCACCAGAUGCACCAUAUUCAGGCUAUCUAGUGAUCACAGAUGAAGAAGCAGAAGAUGAAGACACUUGUUGUUGGAGAAUAUGUCGCCGGAAGAAUGUGAAGAGACUGCCUUUCCCUCAGGAUAAAAUGUUUUCGGUUUUUCAUCCAUCAGAGAAUGAACAAGCUUCGAGUGUUAAGGUUUGGUUUCUUCCUGUUCCUGAUCAUGCUUUGUCUUCCAACAGAUACUAUGUUAUCAGAGCCAAAGGCAGACACAAAGGGAAAGUAUACAAAUGUUCAAGAGAAGGUGACAUAGUGAGUUGUUGCUUCAACAACAUCUUGAAUGACAAAAGUCCAAAGUCAUUCAAUCUAAAAGACUUGUACCAAAUUUUCAAGAUUCAUACUCAUCAAAGUGGUGGAUUUUUCGCAAAGUCAAUUACACCCGACGGAAUUCCACCAAAAUUCCUAAGAAAAAAAGGAUGGAAAGUUAGAAUUUCAGGUUCAUAUAGAUCAUGCAAACUAAAUGAAGCUCUAGGUGUUGAUGUUCCUCUAAGAGAAAAGCUUCCAAGUUUCAACUUUCCCAUCUCAAGAAAAAAGUCACCAAAUUUAGUUGUAGGAAAAUGGUACAUUCCAUUUAUAUUUGUGAAAGAAAAUGGAAGAAAAGUCAAACAACAAAUGAAGAAGUCUAUGUUUUAUAGUAUGACACUAGAGCAAAAAUGGGAAGAGGUUUAUUCAUGUGGAAGAGAUUAUGAUAAUGACAAUGAAAGUGACAACAAUGUUGUGAUUGUGAAUGUUUAUGUUGAAAGAGAAAAGGUAUUGAUAUGUGGAAUGGAAGCAACAAAGAAUGGAAUAGUUGAUAAUAAUGGUUUUAUAUGGUUUAGAGUGUAUAAUCCAUAUGAUAAGAGAAGGGUUAGUGUUGGAUUAAGUUCAGCAAUUAUUGAUAAUAUGAGAUGGGUGGAAGAACAAGGUGGUUGGGUUUAUGGUCAUGGGAGAGAAAGAGAUGUGAGUGUGAAAGAAGAGGUAACAUGUCAAAAUGAAUGGAAUAGGUUUGGUUGUUAUGUUUUGGUGGAAAGUUUUUGUAUUAGGACAUUAGAUGGGAAGUUUGUUUUGAGAUAUGAUUUUAGGCAUACUCAUAAGAUCAAGUGCAAAUGGGAGUAAGAAUUCAUUAAGGCUUGAUUUUUACUCUCUAAAUAUUAAAGAUGUGCUUGGUAACACGAUAAAUUAAUGAUUCCCGCAUUCUUAAGAAACUCAAACGAGGUUUUGGAUAAGCGAGAAAUCAGAUAGUGGACAACACACAUGUAAUAACAAAGAGGUUUCAAGAAAUAUUAUAUGAUGUGUUUUUA